UUUUUUUUUUAUAAAUGUUUCUAUUGUUAUUUAUUGCCAAAUAGCAAUUUUUGUUUUGAUUAAUUCUAUCAUCGCACUAUAGUUCUAUUCACACAAAUAAAUGUAUAUGUUAUAUCUUUGCUAGCUUAGCGUCACCCAAGAGAGACCGACUAAUGUACUUUAUUACCUACAACUUUAAGUCAAGAUACCCAUACACUGCUACACUCUAAAAGUUCCCAAGGUGUAGAGUGGGGCAUUGAUAUGUAAUAUUCUUACCUUUAGUUCUUACCUGACAAUGUUUGCGUCCACUUACAAGCAGCCAUUGGCAGCCAUACCAAUAACUAUCAGUGACUUGCUGGCUAGUACUAUAACUUGUGGUGAUUAGUUUCCUUCACUUCUCUACUCUUAAUUUAUAAUAGAAAGUCACGUGGCAUGUUUAGAUGUGUGAAACCGUGCAAAAUAUAGAUACAUAUAUUUGCUUGAAAUUAAAACAGCACAAAUCAGUAUCAAACCAGUCAUUUUGUUAUUAAUACAAGAAAAUUACUGAUGCUAAGUUAUUGUUUCUCGCGAGUUCAUUAACUUCCUUUAUCAAAAUAUUUAUGAUAAAUUACGUUGUAGUUAAUAGUAAAUAAUUUCAAAAAAGUGAACAUUUGUGAUAUUAAAAUUCAAUAGUAAAUGUUAAUUUUCCUUUGUUUUGUGUAAUAUUUGAUUGAUUCUCCAAUAAAUGUGAUUAGUAAUUGUAUACUAUGGUAUAAACUUUAAUAAGAUUGCGUAGGAUGAAAAAAAGAUAAGAGUGUGUAUGUAAAAGAUCGCAAGAUUAGUUGUUACAAUUCAAUUAUGACAACAACGUGAAAUAAAAUAAUUCAAAGUUAUUUAUAUGUCAAAUAAAAAAUUUCUUUUAUAAUGUCGAGUAAAAUAUUUUAUGAAUAAUGAGAUUGAAUUGAAUCAAGUAAUAAUUAUUAAAUGACAAGGUUUGGAUAUAAAACGUUCAUAUUUAUGUAUUAGCUUUCAACUGUAAAAUAAAACAAAUUAUUAUAAUGAGAUAAGAAGAAACAAGAAAUUUAUAUAAAGGAAAAAUAUAAAUAUAAAACACUAAAAAUGAGGUUGGCGACUUCACAAAGACCACAUGCACCUCCUGUUCCACCUCGACCAAGCAAACAAGUUGUAGCGGAGGCUCUUAAAAAAUCAACAAGAUUACCUUGUCCAACACGUCAAGCUCCACCACCUCCCAAUACUCGACCCUGGCGUCCUAGUGAUGAUACAAAGGCAUCCAAUAAAGAUAUUUCUACAAAUACCGAUAAAACUUCUCUAAAUGAAGCAAAAAAAGAUUUUUUAAACAACUCACUUGUAUCACAAAAUGAUACUGAUAAGAGUUCAAGCAAUAAAUUUGUACAGAAAAGUGAUAAAAUGCAAGAAUCCAUAAAUAAACACAAAAAACCGUUUCCUGAAGACAUGCAAAAAAAGAUUCAACAUAUCAAAAAUCUUAGUGGUAUAAAUAAUUAUGAAAAUUUGACAAUUAAUAAUCAAAGUAAAAAUAACAAUGUGAAUAGCAAUAUUAAUGUAAAGAGUGAUGAUCAACAAGUGAAAAAAAAUGAAAUAAUGCAAAAUAAUUUGUUAAAUAAAACAGAAUCUUCCCAUCAUGAUUUAUUGAAACAACCAUCAGAGAUGAAUUCAAAUUCACUUUUAACCUCCCAAUUGAUUGAUUCACAAUCAAACAAAACAACUGUAUUAGUAACUAUAAAUAAAAAUGAUUUAAAUAUUCCUAUAAAUGCUAACAGAAUGUCAACUUCGCCAAAUUUGAGACAAUCUACAACAGCUUCAAAUAAUGAAGAUUGUACGACAGUGGUCAUUAUUGACAGAACUGAUGAUAAAGUUACCGUUAACAAUGAUAAAGAUGAUAAUAAAGAAAAUAUUCAGAAACAAGACUGGCUUGAAGAAGGAAUUCAUUAUUCUUCAACUAAAAUAACUCUUGGUAGCGAUGAAAUUAAUGCUAAUAAUAUUAAUAAGCAAUUGGAAAAUCAUCAGCAUGGUUUUCAUUAUAAUAAAAAUAAAAAUCAAUCUGAUCCUAAUCCUUCAAGUAUAUCUGAGAAAAUAGCUAUGGCUUCUCUUCAAGGACUGCCUCCUUUGCCUAGAAGUUUGAGUGGAUUAUAUCUUAAUGAAGGAUUAAGAGAAAAUAAUGAGCCUCCUCCUCCACCAACAAGAUCUUCAAGUAAAAUGACAAAAAUUGGAAUAAAUGUACCACAAUCUAAUUCACGACGUUCAUCUCCUGGUAGACAAUUUAUUACUUUAGAUACUCAAUUAACGAUUCUUAAAAAAGAAAUGUAUGGAUUAAGACAGCUGGAUUUGUCUAUUCUCUCUCAACUGUGGUCAUUAAAUGAAUCUAUCCAAGAGUACAGACAACUUCUUCAGGAACAUGAAGAGAGAGCUCCAUCACCAUCACCAAGUAGUGAAGAAGGUGAUGAUUUAACUUAUAAUAAUCACCCACCAGCAUCUUCAAGAAGAACAUCAUCUCUUCAUCACCACCAUCAUCAUCAUUAUCAUCAUCGACCUCCAAGGCCUCCAAGACCAUUACGACCAUUACCUAGUGAUGAAUCACCCUCUAGUGAAGAGUAUGGAGCUGUUUAAAGAUUAAUUGAGCUUAUAUUUUUUUAUUAUUUGGUUAAGAAAUGUAUAAAAUUAUUAUUAUCCGUAGAAAAUUGUUCUUUAAAUAACGAUGUAUUGUUCUCAUUAAUGCAUUACAGUAGUAAUUAGUAAUAAAUACAAUGAAAUGAAAAUUCAAUAGAGUAAUAUAGUUUAUUCUUAUUUAAUACUUGAGCAAAACUUUUCAAAAAUUCAAUUAAUUGGUCAAUACAUUCCAAUGGAAAAUCGACUAUAAAAAUUUUGUUGAAAUUAUUUUAGGAAUAAAUCAUUUUCUCUCA